AUGCACGCCAGCGGCGAGCAUUCGUCCGUGGGCAUGAGCGAGUGCUCAUAUGAUUUCCUAGUCAAGGUUAUUGUGAUUGGAGAGUCUGGGACAGGCAAAAGUUGCCUUGCGCAUCACUUUGCGCAGGGGCGGCCGCGGACGCAGGCGACACAGACCAUUGGCCUCGAGCUGCUAAGCCGGCUGGUGUCGGUCGGCGACCAGCGCGUCAAACUACAGAUCUGGGACACGGCGGGUCAGGAGCGUUUCCGCUAUUAUCGCGGCGCAGCUGUCGUCGUACUAGUCUAUGACCUCACUCGCUACGCCACCUUCGCCGAGCUCGCCAAGUGGCUCGACGACGUACGCGCUCUCGCAUCACCCCAGGUUGUCACUGUGCUCGUCGGCAACCAGCUCGACCGCGAGGCUGAUGAGCGCGAGGUGGCGACGCUCGACGCGGGCCGCUGGGCCGCGCAGCAGGGCGUUCUCUUCACUGAGACGUCGUCUAUCACGGGCGAGAAUGUCGAUGCUCCGUUUGUACUGGCGGCGCGCUCCGUGCUUCUCGGUCUGAGCGCCGGCACCAUCGAUCCCGAGCGCCCAGACUCGGGCAUUGCAUACGGCGAGCGCUUCCUGUGGCGGAACAGCACAGGGAGCCACUUUAGCUUCGCAGAUACGAGCGGGGCGGACGCCGCACACGACCUUGUGCCGCUCGGACCACGCGGCGCGCCGAGUCGCUGCUGCUAA